GCCGCCCGCGGCUCUGCCCGGGCCCCCGGGCGCCUUGGCUUCAAGAUUGGGGAACUGCUUUGGCACUUGGAGGAGUGACGGAGUAUCAUGUAUGCCACUGGUUCCAGGGGGCAUUCCCCAGCUUUCCUACAACCUCAGAACGGAAGCAGUCAUCGCUCACCUGGUUAUGUCCCCGGGAAAGUGGUCCCCCUGCGCCCCCCACCCCCUCCAAAGAGCCAGGCUUCAGCCAAAUUUACCUCCAUUCGACAAGAAGCCCGGGCCAGCUUUGCUUUUUUGCCCGAAGAGCAGCAAACACAGAGGGAGAGCCGGAAGCGCAAGAGACACAAGAAUACCUUCAUUUGCUUUGCUAUAACUAGUUUUUCCUUUUUUGUUGCACUUGCAGUAAUUUUAGGAAUAUCCUCAAAAUAUGCUCCAGAUGAGAAUUGCCCAGAUCAAAAUCCCCACCUCAGGAACUGGGAUCCUGGACAAGAUCCUGCAAAGCAAGUUGUCAUCAAGGAGGGAGAUAAUUUCCGUCUGACCUCAGAUGCCACAGUGAAUUCUAUAGUCAUUCAGGAUGGAGGACUGCUUGUCUUUGGAGAUGAUAAAGAUGGAUCCGGAAAUAUUACUUUGAGGACUCGUUACAUCCUGAUCCAGGAUGGUGGAGCGCUUCAUAUUGGAGCAGAAAAAUGCCGCUAUAAAUCCCAGGCGACAAUUACCUUGUACGGAAAGUCAGAUGAUGGGGAAAGUACGCCAACGUUUGGCAAAAAGUUCAUUGGUGUGGAAGCAGGUGGGUCCCUGGAGUUGCACGGAGCGCGGAAGACCUCGUGGACAUUGUUGGCGAGAACUCUACCUGCCUCCGGCCUACCCUUUGGGUCCUACACCUUCGAAAAGGACUUCUCCCGGGGCCUCAACGUGAGGGUCAUCGAUCAAGAUACCGCCAAAAUUCUGGAAAGUGUGAAGUUUGAUACCCACGAAUACCAAAACGAGAGUAGGCGGCUGCAGGAAUUCCUAAGGGUUCAAGAUCCAGGUCGGAUCGUGGCCAUCGCUGUGGGAGAUUCUGCAGUCAAGAGCCUCUUACAAGGAACUAUCCAGAUGAUCCAGGAGCGGCUGGGAAGUACACUGAUUCAAGGACUUGGCUAUCGACAAGCUUGGGCUUUAGUUGGUGUCAUUGAUGGUGGAAGCACUUCCUGCAAUGAAUCUGUGAGAAACUAUGAAAACCACAGUAGUGGAGGAAAGGCUCUGGCUCAGAGAGAGUUUUAUACUCUGGAUGGUCAGAAGUUCUCUGUGAUGGCUUACAGUGAAUGGAUUGAAGGUAUUUCUCUUUCGGGUUUCCGGGUUGAGAUUGUGGAUGGAGUGAAGCUUCAUCUUCUAGAUGACGUCAGCGGCUGGGAACCUGGAGACCAGAUUGUGGUUGCAAGCACUGACUAUUCCAUGUACCAAGCAGAGGAGUUCACUCUUCUCCCCUGUCCUGAGUGUACCCGUUUUCAGGUCAAAGUCAAAGGUAGUGGGCUGCUCAGAAUAAAGAAAAAUUUUACUUCUGUCCAUCUUUCCUACGUGGAAUUGAAACACAUGGGUCAGCAGCAACUGGGCAAAUAUCCUGUUCAUUUUCACCUGUGUGGAGAUGUGGAUUACAAAGGCGGGUACACACACCCCACAUCUGUGGAUGGCUUGUCUAUUCAUCACUGCUUCUCACGGUGCAUCACCGUGCAUGGGACCAACGGCUUGCUGAUAAGAGACACCAUUGGAUUUGACACGCUAGGUCACUGUUUCUUCUUGGAAGAUGGUCUUGAGCAGAGAAAUACUUUGUUCCACAAUCUGGGCCUCCUUACCAAGCCCGGGACUCUCCUUCCCACUGACCGGAACAACUCCAUGUGCACCACUAUCCGAGAUAAAGUGUUUGGGAACUACAUUCCUGUACCUGCUACAGACUGUAUGGCUGUUUCAACUUUCUGGAUUGCUCAUCCCAACAACAACCUGAUUAAUAAUGCAGCAGCAGGCUCCCAGGAUGCUGGAAUAUGGUAUUUGUUCCACAAGGAACCUACUGGGGAGUCCAGUGGAGUGCAGCUCUUGGAGAAACCCGAACUCACUCCUCUGGGUAUAUUUUAUAACAACAGAGUCCACUCAAGUUUUAAGGCUGGCUUAUUUAUUGACAAAGGUGUCAAAACGACCAACUCCAGUGCUGCUGACCCGAGGGAAUACCUCUGCUUGGAUAACAGUGCAAGAUUUCGACCUCAUCAAGAUGCAGAUCCUGAAAAGCCUCGUGUUGCUGCUAUAAUUGACAGGCUCAUUGCAUUUAAAAAUAACGACAAGGGAGCCUGGAUCAGAGGAGGAGACAUAAUCGUUCAGAAUUCAGCGUUUGCAGACAAUGGAAUAGGAUUGACAUUUGCCAGUGAUGGAAGCUUCCCUAGUGAUGAAGGCUCUAGCCAGGAGGUGUCUGAAUCGCUCUUUGUUGGAGAAAGCAGGAAUUUGGGAUCUCAGGGUGGUCAGAACAAAUAUAUGGGCACUGGAGGACUUGACCAGAAGCCUCGGACAUUACCUAGAAACAGGACAUUCCCUAUUAGAGGCUUUCAGAUUUAUGAUGGGCCCAUUCAUCUCACCAGAAGUACUUUCAAAAAAUAUGUGCCAACGGUAGAUAGGUACAGCAGCGCGAUUGGCUUCCUCAUGAAGAACUCCUGGCAGACGACCCCCAAGAAUAACGUUUCUCUUGUGAAAUUUGGCCCACAUGUUUCUCUGAAUGUGUUCUUUGGCAAGCCUGGCCCAUGGUUUGAAGACUGCGAGCUGGAUGGCGAUAAGAACUCCAUAUUCCAUGACAUCGAUGGCUCUGUCACAGGGUACAAGGACUCCUAUGUGGGAAGGAUGGACAACUACCUGAUCCGCCAUCCGAGCUGCGUCAACGUCACCAAGUGGAAUGCGGUGGUCUGCAGUGGGAACUACGCCCAGAUCUAUAUACAGACGGGGAGCAGCCCCAAUCUCAGUGUGACCAUCACGCGAGAUGAGUAUCCAUCCCACCCGAUGGUGCUCCGGGGUAUCAAUCAGAAGGCCAUCCUCCCCCAGUACCAGCCCGUCAUCAUGCUGGAGAAAGGCUACACCAUCCACUGGCACGGGCCGGCCCCACGGACGACUUUCCUUUACCUCGUCAACUUCAACAAGGAUGACUGGAUUCGAGUUGGCCUCUGCUAUCCUUCUAACACAAGCUUUCAAGUCACCUUUGGCUUUCUGCAGCGGCAAAAUGGUUCCUUAUCCAAAAUGGAAGACUAUGAGCCGGUGCAGUCAAUGGAAGAACUGCAGAGACAGCCAUCCCAGAGGAAAUUCUAUUUCGACUCCAGCACAGGGUUAUUGUUUCUGUAUCUCAAAGCCAAAAGCCGCAGGGAUGGCCACAGUUACUGUUCAUCUCAGGGAUGCGAAAGGGUGAAGAUUCAGGCAGCCACGGACUCAAAAGACAUCAGUAAUUGCAUGGCCAAGGCGUAUCCACAGUAUUAUAGUAAGCCAGCAGAGGCGAAACGCAAGCUAUCCAUGGCCACCGGACCCUGCCAAGGUUGUGGGGCCCGCCAGCUGGUGUUUACUAGUGAUCCUCACAAGACCUACCUCCCUGUGCAGUUCCAGUCACCCAGUAAAGCAGAAACUCAGCGUGGAAGUCCGUCUCUGAUUUCUGUCAAUGGCACUGACUUCACCUUCCGAAGUGCAGGUGUCUUCAUCUUGGUUAUUGAUGCGUGCAGCAUACCCUUCCGGUUGAUAGAAAAACAGAUGUUUCCUCUUGCUGAUAUCAGUCGCAUGGAAGAGUAUUUAAAAACAAGCAUCCCUCCAAGGUCGGUUGUUCUGUUAAGCACAAGAGGAGAAAUAAAGCAUCUGAACAUUUCAGAUUCCUUAAUAUCUCUGGGAUUAGCCAAACCAGCUCAUCUUUAUAACAAAGGAAGUACCGUAUUUUUGGGAUUCAGUGGAAAUUUUAAACCAUCAUGGACUCAGCUGUUUACCAGUCCUGCUGAGCAGGGCCUUGGGGUGCUAGAACAAUUCAUACCACUGCAGCUACAGGACUACGAAUGUCCAAAGGGCAGCAGUGUCCACAGGAAAGACUUGGAACUGUUCAAGCAGGCUUCAAAAGCGCACGAGAGAUUGACUGUAACUUAAGUGCUGGGAAAGAAAAAAAAAAGAACAAAAACAAAACUGUGAACUAACUUAUUUAAUUUAUGGCAUUUUAAAUGACACUGUUAACCCAAUGGAACUGUUUCCCUGUUUGAUACAGAAAGGAAAGAAUGAUUUCAAAGGGAUUGCUUGAAUACCAGUUCACCUACUUUGUUAUUGUAUGAACUGUUAGGGAAUUUGUCUUUGUGAAGGCCGGUAUAGUCAGAGAGCCGUUCUCCUGUUCCUCACCUUGAACCCCAGUAUUUAGUAAUGAUCACCAGCAGUGUUCAAACUUUAUAUACUGGGUCAUGCUGGGGUGGGGUGGGGGCUUUAGAGGGGCUGCCUGAGCUCUUCAGAGGACCAGCUUCUGUAGCACUUUGGAUACUUGAAGUCUGAAGCUCAGUUGUGCUAUGUGUUGAUUAGCAUGGGUGGCUGGUAUUUUCAGCAAUGUCUGGGGGAGGGGGGCGGGGGUUUCUGGGGCAGCCUUUGAGGGUUUUAUAUGAAGCUGAGUGAAGAGUCAGAAGUGGCAACUCAGGCCUAGCCCAUGCCCUUUUAAAAUUAUUGCUUGGACAUGUGCUAUUUUUAUUCAUUGAUCUAUUGAUGACUCCAAAGGAUUCAACUAUCAAACAGGAUGCAUGUGGGAAAAGGGCUUUUAGGGAAUUGAAAAUCCCUUGAAUCUGUGACCAUUGGGCAAAAAUUUGACCUGCACCAAGGUCUGAGAGUUAUUAGGACCAUGUUUGCAGCUUUAAUCCUUAGCCUGCCUUGACUGUAUAUUUCUGUUUCUGAUGCAGAGCUGAGUUGAAUAUUUACCUAUUUUGGGGUUUGUUGUUGUUGUUGUUAAGAAGCAGGGCCAUUUUCCUGAACUGAAAAAUGUGUGUCAUGUUAACUUGCACAAAGGAAGUCCGUUCUUGGUGUUGCUCUCUUACACCUGGGUUUUUUGGUUGAUGUUUUUGUGUGUGUAUGCGGAUUUUUAAAGAGCUUCUCUUCUUGCCAUUUCACCAGGAAAAUCCCAGAAAACUUAAUGAUAUUACAAUGAUUCUACCCUGGGGAAAGGGAGGCCUUUUAAGGCCAGGACCGUGAAGGAAAUACUGAGGUAUCAACCUCCUUACAGGCUUACAGGAGGGAGUCACUAUUAAUUAAUUUAAUUAUUAAGGAUAUCAUGAUGCCUAGUCUCUCUUUCCACUGGAAUCUUCUGUCUCUUGCACGUCCAGAGGAAACUGGCUUUCUAACUUGAGUUUUCCCACACCAAGAGGAGAGGUGCAUCAAAAUGCCUUUACUGUUUUCUACAAACCCAAAGUCUGGCGGCUGGAUGGCCAGGUGAGUUUGCAAUGAUAUUUUAUGGCAAUGAAGACAGACAAACAAAUUCACCUUCCUCCAUCAAGGGCUGAGGCUGAAGGCCUGUGCCUUUGUCUAGAGAGGGAAUGAUUAGCAGCUCUUGGACUUCUGUAACUUUACCAAGUAUUCUACCUCAAAGCGUUACCGAGAAACCAUUCUAACUGUAAGUGCCCGUGCUAAGGGUACAUGUCUUAAUCAAAGAAGUUUGACUGUUUUUUUGGAUGUGGGUUUUUUUUUCUCUUAUUGAUAUAGUGAUGAAUGAGAUCUUACAUAUGAAAUAUAUUAUUGGAUCAUGGUUCUUGGAAGUGAUUAGUGUGUGUAUGUGUGUGUGUUACUUAAAUAUCUUUGACGUGUGUUUUUUAGAGUUCUGUGCUUUAAAGAUUUUGAGAGAAUAUGUAAGUCUCAAGGCACUAGGUUUUUCUGAUGUCUUACUAAUAACAGGGCAUAAAUUAAAUAAAAUAUAUAUG